AUGAAGUUCACCAACCCCCUCAUCGCCUCUGCCCUCUUCCUUGCCUCCCAGGCCGCUGCUCAAUGUCGCGUCUUUAACUUUCAUGUCGCCAAUUCCGCCGGCCCAGACCUCAAUGGUCUCGUUCUUCAGAACUACAAUGGCGAUGCUGUCGUCAACGCUGCUCCCGCCCCCACCGUUGAGGCUUUCUGGGACGAUGUCGCACCCGUAGAGCUCAUGGCGAAUGGUAUUGAUGGCGAUGGUGCCGACAACUUCAUGUUGGUCCCAUAUGGGACUAACGGUAUCGAGCAGCUGGUGUUUGCAGACUUUGCCGUUGCAGAGGCACGCUUCUCGGACUGGGCUAUCACAGACGGCCUCUUGACCUAUGGUGAUGUGGCCGACAGAUUUUACGCAUUCCCCUACGGUGCUGUUGAGGGUGCUUACACGAUCCGCUGGGUUCCCGCCGGCCUCAUCACUACCACUGAUUCCUUCCCAGUCGACUUGCAAUUGGUGUGCCCGUAA